CUGAUCAAGGCUAAAGCAAUCAAUCACGGAAGCGUGAACUAUUUUAUUGAAAAACGAUAUCAAAACGAAUGAAUACAUAUUAAAAUCACAUAAAUGUAGAUUUUUGUUCGCCAGAGAAAAAUGUGAUCUGUUUAUCAAUAUCGUUUCUUUUGGUCUAAUUCCUAACCACCGAGUUUGAAAGUGGAGUCAACAACAAUAGCUUGCUUGCUAACAACAACAACUAGGAAUGAUGAAUCCUUGCUCCGAUAUAACAAUGUUAUCAAUUUUAUCGGUACUAGUAAAUGUCUUAUGUGUACAAGUUGAAGGAAGCCUUGGCUUUUCAGACGCAGGUGAAUGUUGUAGCUAAGUAAUGACUGUAACGUUAGCUAGCUAGCCUAUCUUGCUAACGACAGUAUAUAUCUUCUUCCUAUCCACUAUUGUUGUUAGGUAGCUAGCUAGUUGGCUAUUUAGCUAACUAGUCUGUUUAUUUUGUAUAACAUCAAUAUUACUGUGUGAAUGGUCUAUUAAUUAAUUCAGAGCAACGCUUGUUAGUAGUAACGUUAGCUAACUAAAUAAAUUAGCUAAAUGAACCAUUAACAUUAGCUAGCUAGCGUUAGCUAGUCCACGAAGAGCAAUACUCUUGUGAAUUUACUUAGCUAGUUACUAGCCAUUAGUAAACUAACUAGUUAACUAAUUUCACAUUAAAUAUAGCUACUAUAUCUGACUAACAAGCUAUUGUUGUAUUCUUUCAGACUGCACAUAUCUGAAAGAAAAUCAAAACACCACCCAUUUUGGAACAAGAUGUUUCUGCUACAGUUCUGGCACAGUGAUCAAAUGGAAAGACAUCUGGUCCACCUUUCAGGUAAGAAAGUUACACCUGUCCUGUAGGUAUACCAUGGGUGCUGCUUCACAACAGCUCAUGAUUAAUUGUUGAUACGAAACACAAGACACUUUUUGUGUGUGUCUAUAUGCUCCCAUACAAACAAUAACUUGUUGGUAUGAAAUUAGGCAAGUUACUGCAAUGACCCAAUAGUUGUCCUUACUAUGUUGUAACAGCAACAAACCAAACUUUGCUCCUAAAUUGCAUCUAUCUGACUCUUCUUCAAGGUGCGUGUGACAGGUGAAGAAGGGGUCUACAUCGUGUACCCCAUGGAGGGGACCAGGAACUGCUACGAGCCAGACCACGUCCUCACGCUGUCCUGGUGCCUGGUCGACCACUAUUGGCCUCCCAGCCCCAGUGUGGCCAGGGAGAAGAGCCUGGACAUCCCACUGGAGCAGGAGGAUGUGUGCUUCAUGGUGAAGACCCCGAGGGCCAACUCUGAGCACUCUCUACAUGUCAGGGGCAAACGUGAGAUUAUUUUAUUGUUGUUGUUGUUGGUAAUUGCAGUUAACCUACCGGUUUGGUCUGAAGUUCAGAAUGAUUAUUAACAGCCAUACUCCUUACUUACAGGGCUAAAUAAAAUACGAUUUGGACUCUUUGCAUGUGGCCUCGCCCUCUUCUACUUUGCUGGGGCUUUGUGUAGGUAAGGUUUUACCAUUCUCAUGCUGGGUGUAUGUUAGUUAUAUUUAGUAGCUUUGUCAAUUCUAUUGUCCUGGUAAACAUGCAGUGUAAGAUAUUUAUUUUUCUACUGCUUUUGGCAACAAAAGCCAAUGCAACUGUUUUUAUCUCAACAUCAAAUAAUUUCUGGGGAACAAUUACCUUACUGUGAUUGUUUUCAAUUAAAAUGGUCAAAAAGAAACAAAAAUAGCUUCUUAGCAAAAUGCAAUUUCUCAAGCAAUAAUUUUGCUAGGACUGUCUGGGAGUGGUCUGAGAGAGGGGCCUAAUUGGAGGAGCCUUAUGGGAGGGAUGCGCAACCUGAAAACUAGCUGUUAUUAGCAGAGAGGAGGGCAAACUCUCUUAGUUAUUGGUCUAUUAAAUUAUACCAAAAACCCCACCCAGCCAAACAAGCUGAAAUUUCAGGCAGUCUUUUCAUUAAAAGUGAGUUAUCAUAAUUUUCACAAUUUCAGUAUUAUUCCAACCUCAUAGUGUGGAAAUAUAUAUAUAAUAUAGGAAAAUCACAUUUUUGACUGCACUGCCCCUUUAAAAUGUGAAUAUUUCAGUAACCAUCCAGUAGGUCACAUAUAGUUCUACAACUGAAUUGACCCUGUGAUUGAGCUAUUCUAGGUUGAUUAGUGGUAUUACAGAAAACAAUAAUGUAUAUUUUUCUUUUUUGGCAGGAGUUCUUUGUUUUUUUAUUCCUUAGGAAUCUCAAUGGGAGUCCUCUCCAUUGUUGUCUUUCUGCUGUUGAUCCUGAAAAACGUUAUACCGGUAAGAAUCACCUUUAGGCUGUUACUGCUUUAGGCUAAUUAUAAAAGGAGCCCCACAUUUCAAUUUGACAAGCUUUGCUAAUCAGUACAGUGAAUGCACUCAAUACUUAAUUUUCCUGCAUUGUUUACCAUAGCCCUUUCUUUACACAAGUACGCAGUGGCUGUACAGUAACAUUCUAUACAUAACGUCAGAGUUCAGGGUCUCCGCUUCACAGCUCUGUAUGGGUUUUGACAGAAGUUGCCCCAUCCCUCCUGCUAAUUUGGCAACGUUUUUGUUGUCUGAGUGAGGCAAAUGCUGUAAAUUACAAGGACUCAAUGUAAUUUGAAAGACGUAAAGGAUGAUAAUAAAUACCGCUUUGAUGUCUUGCAAGCAAGCCCGUGCACUUCACUUUUCCAUAUCAUAAAACUAAUGUAAUAUACAACCUGAAGAAGGCACAGUGAUGCUGAAACGUUUGUGGUUUACCCAAUAAAUUACUGGGAGCUUGUAUAUAGAGUGUGCGACUCGCCGUUAUUCAGCACCUCUACCAACUUUUUUGUGUGUGCACCAGCUCAUGCUUUUUAUUAUGCAAGCAAGCCAAACACCCUUGAGUCCAAAUGUGCAUGUAACUUUUCCAUAUCAUAAAACUCAUGUAACAUACUGUAUCAACGUUUAUGAUCACUAUGUUUGAUGUACAGUUACAAGUAGCCAUGGUGUUAUACCCUGGGUUGUCCUGAACAGAAUGAGCCUAUGUAUGUUGUAUUGUGAAGAACGUUUGCCGUGGACCACGCAUCUGGGUCAGGUGGGCAUAAUUUGAACGCUUUUUAUAUUGCCAACAUGUCUAGCUAAAUUAUAAAAUAUGAUCUUACAGUGUUAGGCUAUCACAAGGCAAUUCAGAGAAGCAGAUCGUAAUUUUGGUGCGCUUAGAAUGGAGUCAUGAGUGCUUCUCUGAAUUGCCUUAUAAUUUAGCUAGUCAUGCUCAAGAGCACAUCGACAUAUUUUUUACCUUGUUGGCUCGGGGAUUCGAACUAGCGACAUUUCGGUUACUUCCCCAACGCUCUAACCGCUAGGCUUCCUGCCGCCCCCAAGAGAGUCCUGUUGUCAUGUGUGACAAGCUCCAAAAGUAUUGGGACAGUGACAAUACAAUUUUUGGGGGGCUCUGUACUUAAAUGAUAGAAUACUAUGAGAUUAAAGUGCAGACUGGCAGCUUUAAUUUGAGCGUAUUUUCAUCCAUAUUGGGUGAAGCGUUUACAGCACUUUUUGUACGUAGUCCCCCCAUUUUAGGGGACCAAAAGUAUUGGGACAAAUUCACUUAUGUCUAUUAAAGUAGUAAAAAGUUGUUUAGUAUUUGGUCCCAUAUUCAUAGCACUUAAUGAUUACAUCAAGCUUGUGACUACAAACUUGUUGGAUGCAUUUGCUGUUUGUUUUGCCCAAUACAAAUGAAUGGUAAAUAAUGCAUUGUGUCAUUUUGGAGACACUUUUAUUGUAAAUAAGAAUAGAAUAUGUUGCUAAACACUUCCACAUUAAUGACAGUCUGCACUUUAACCUCAUAGUCAUUGUAUUAUUUCAAAUCCAAAGUGCUGGCGUACAGAGCCAAAACAACAAAAAAUGUGUCACUGUCCCAAUACUUUUGGAGCUCAGUCUAUAUCAAAGGCCAUUGCACUGCCUAAAGACUUCAUCAAAAUGAUUAAUCAGGGUGAUUGAUCGAAAUUCAUUUUAGUUUAAAGUGAUGGGAGACACCCUUUCCUGGACCGAACAGCCACUUAUUCUUAGCUAGGAGCUAUACCCUCUACCAGCCCUCUAUAACGAAGGGUUAGCCUACCACCCCAGCCCACUCUGAUCUAGCCCCCUCAGAACUUGCCCUUUUGGACGUAGCCUCCACCAGGCCUGUAAAACCAGACGGCAAGAGCCCAAACGUGUCACUCUGGCCUGUCCUAAAGAGAGGUGUCUUUAACUACAGAACCCAACAUUUGGAGAGAGUUAUUCGAUAGAGAAAGAGUCUUCUGGGUGGCUCAGCUGAAUUAGGCUUACCCUGUUAUACUACCUGCCUGUGUCACCUCCAGAGGGGCCUGUUCAUCACGCUGUUUGGUGCUGGCUCCGGCCUGUCCUACCUGGGAUACCAGAAGUUGUUCAGCCACUGGGAAGAAAUCACGACGCUCUACUGGAGACAUGCCUUGGGUGAGUUGGUUUAGUUCAAGAGAUUGUUGCUUAAAAUAAGGUAAGAACUAGGACUUGAGUUGUUCAGUUAGCAGUAGGAAGCAUUUAGCCUACAUUGAAAUUCUGUCUGUGUGAGGCCUUGCACAUUUGAACCCAGUAUGAACACUGUUUAAAUGAAAGCUCCUGAUAAAUUGUAUGUUUUCACUAGACAUGAUACCGUAAUAUAUUCAUGACUAAUGAGGAUGGGUCAGUGUCCACUCUGAGUCAUUCACUCCCAGGAGGCUGUCAUAAUAAGAGGGCCAAGUGGAUGUGGAGUGGUGAAGUAGCCUACAGUUACUGACUGCCUCUUCACACUCCUCAAUGCAGUGUAUUUGCUGCCAAAUCAAUUUGCCCUCACUCUAUGCACACACUGGGUUGAAAAUGGUUGAAUCCGCAGGCACGUUAGGAUUAAGAGAGCGCGGCAAUGCUGCUGGAACAUUGAUUUCUGUGCUUGGAAACAAAAGGGCUUUGGGGGGAUUAGCAUUCAAAUGUGUUCUUUUCACCCUUACUGGCAUGCCUCAAAUCCACUGGGUUCCACUGUUCCAAUUACACAGGGCUUUCAAUUGGAGUAUUUCAUGUAACGGGUUACGUUUUUGUUUCUGCGUCUUUGCUUAUGUUGCUUUCUCUAUAAAAUAUUAUAAUCGCAUUGAACCAAUAUAUCUCCAUUUCUCUCUCCCUCUUUCCAUCACGUCAUAAUUUUCUCUUUCCAGGCUACCUGGUGGUAACAGGCCUGAUCAGCUGGGCGGUCUGCUACAAGCACGGGCCCAUCAGCAGCGAGCGCACCCUGUCCCUACUGACCUGGGGGCUCCAGUGCGUGGCCAUGGGCCUCAUGUACUACGGGGUGACCUACCCCCAGGCUUCCUACCUAUUCCUGGGCAUCCUGCUGGUGCUCAAGGCUCUGCCCUACACUUACAGACUGCUGCUGGGGACAUGCAGGUACACAGUCAAUUUGUAGUUUGACAUUAGAUAUACUACUAAGGUGGAUUUGGGUAAUGGAGACUAAUAAUAGAGGCUUUUUAGCAGAUGCUUUCGAUACAAAGGUGUGUGUUUGAUUAGUGGCUGUCCCUCCCUCUCUCCCCCAGGCUAACAGGGCGUCUCCUGGCCUCUCUCCUGGGUGUGUUUAGGUGUAGCAGGAAGCCCAAGGUGCGCCUCCUCUCAGAUGAGGAGUACAGGGAGCAGGGGGAGGUACACACCAAGGCCUCCCUUGAGGAGCUCAGGGAGCUCUGCACUACGCCUGGCUUCCCUGCCUGGGAAACGGUCCUUCGACUACGCUCCCCACAACGGUAUGGGACAAACUACACUACUCACAUCCUAACUACAGUAGGAGGUACCUUAUUCACAGUCCUCAGGAUCAGCUCCCUGCAUUUAAAACAUCACAACAGUAUGAGACCUCCACACACAAAUAUUCUGAACUUUCUGCUCUAAAAGCACCCAGCGGAUGAGAGCUUGACUGAACAGAGUGCUGGUGAAUGACUCAACUCUCUGCUAACUGUUUCUCUUUUCUAGGUUUGCAGCCUUCCUGAAGGGCGGCGGCGGCCACGUGACCCCGGGGGAGCAGCAGAGUCACGGGCAGCAGUACGGCCCGGGAGGAGCCAACUAUGAGGACAUGCUCUUCCCCGCCGCCUACCACAAGGUGCUGGGGCAGGGCGCCGACGAAGACCUCAGCGAAGAUGAGAUGGACAGCUCCGCCAGGGCUCCGCCUACACCUAGCCCCCUCCCCCUCUACACCCCGACCACUCCCACCACCAUGCCCCGUCCGGACAGCUGCACCCCAUGGCAGCCCCCCCCCUACAGCGCCCCUUUCUACCCUCCCUAUCCUCCCGCCGCUGCCACCUUCAUCCCGCCUUCAGAGCCCCACGUCAUCGAGGACGUUGAGGAUGAGGACAUGGAGCUGUUCUAAGAUCAGAGUUUAAACCUCUGUAGUUGACAGGUUGGUUCCUAAUAUGGCCAGUUAAUAACACUAGGGGGCAAUACCACUCAGGUUGAUCUUUGGGGUCCAUGAUUGAUCAACAUCUUCAUACAGAAUGAAUCGACAUAAAACACAUUAACAGCUAGGUGUAUCAAUUAAGCUUCAUCAUAUGUCCCCACAUAGAAUUCCACUAGAGAUGUAGUCAGAAUGAUUGUGAAUCAUAAUUCCACCUAAGAGGAGACGGGGGGGACUUGGUGUGCCUAUCCUAUCGUGGCUCAGAGAUAUAUGUAUAUUUUAAGGGGGGGCCUUGAGUUAAUCUGACUUUGGGGUUCCCACUCUACACUGCAAAUCAUCUCAAAGCAGAAUUCUCCAUCUAGAUUCAAAAACUCUGUAUCAAAAUCGCAGGAAUCACCAGGAUGACUUUGAACUCAUGUUUACAGCUCUCAGGUAAACCGGCAACAAUCAUGAGUACAUUGUUUUUCCCCCCUCCUGUGUGUGGUAAGUGCCUGGGGUUAUGAGACCAGCUUCCCUGCUGGCUCACUGUAACGAACUCUCAUGUACUCUCUUCUUGGCUGUGGAAUCCAGUGAACUACUAUCUACCACCCCCACCUGGCUGCUUAGGAAACUGCAGCCUCAGGGACAGCCAGAACAGCCGAUCACAUGAUUUUGAUUGGACCAUAUCUGUCAAAAGCAAUGUUUUUCUCCCCCAGUCCAGAUUUUUUAAAAUUGUAAUUUUAUAUCAAACCACAUUUUUAAGUGUUUUUGUAUUUGGGGCAUAUUUUUCAUGUUAAAUUAAAUUACAAGGAUGAUUCUUUUAAAGGUUUGUUUUAAUUAAUAAAUAAGCCCAUCCUUUUCCAGUGACAUUGUAUUGUGAACUGAUGUUUCACCUUGAAGAGAUACAAAAAGGCCACAGUGCACUGAGAGAAGUUGCCUGAUUUAAGAUGCUUAGGCUAUGUAGCAGACAAUCCAUGUCAUGUAAAAGGGUCAUUACAUGUCUGAACAGUUUUAGAUGGUGCUGGAGGAAAGCAGUUUGACAUAUUUGCAAUUUCUGUCUAAAUAGGACUGUAGUUAAAUAUUUGAUGUUUGUGACAUUUUGGCCAGGCAUUGGACUACAUUUUUCAUUUGACAAAUAUGCAUGUGAAAAUACAUUCACAGAGGGGGAUCUCCAGAACUAAUGGAGUUAUAGUUAAAUAGACAUUAUAGACCCUGAAAGCCUGGUGGAUAUCAGAUCUGACACAAUCACUUCAUAAACCUUUUUUAAAUAAGUAUAUUUUUCCACGGCAUCAGUGGUUGAUAGUCAGACUAGACACAGUAAACAUUUACAUGUAAAAGCAGGGCCACGUUCAGGAGAGCAACUUGUUUCAGAUAUAGCCUAGUAUGUAGAACAAACAUGUCUCUCUGACUUAAAAAAUAAGGAUUCCUGUCAGUUCUAAUCAUAACAUUUCUAUCUGCAUCAUUCCACAACGUUUUCCUAUUGAACGUGCCCCUAAACUCUAUGUAAGAGAAAUCUCUGCCGUCCACAUCCCACAAAGCAGCCAUUACACACACAGCUAUUUAGAUUGAGUGUGUCACUUCUGCAUGAGUGUGAUUCGCCAACCGAUGACGAGGCUCAGGCACUUGUGCAGUUUGAGGGUCAUUGAGACAAAUAGAGCCCUAUUCAAUCUAACCUAAUAUCCAGAUUUCCAGGACAAGUUUUAAAAAAUUGCUUACAAUUUUUACAUCCAUUUGAAAGUGCAACAGUAGCUGCUUCAAGGCAAUAGCUUUUCCUCAGAUCCCUAAAGGCACUGGUUAAGUCCUCUCUGCUAAGAGGACAAAUACAACCUCUCAUUUUGGGCUGUAUUUUUCUUCCGUCCAGUCUGUAAAAACAUACUCUCCACUCUUUUUAUAACUUCCGCCAGCCCUUGACUCCAUGUGGGUUGGUGGUGUUGCUUGGAAAACAUUUUGGGACAGUUCCUCAAAAUGUGCAAUGUGUCUCCCCUUCCCACCCCCUUACUGUGUGUGGGCAGUGGGGAGGGGUGGUUGGUCAGCAGGCGUAGGGGGAUCCUGGUCAGGUAGGGGGGUUCCCCCCUGAGAGGGUCCAGUUUGUGGGGACCUGCUUGGGGGGUCUUGGGAUGAGGACUGGGAGGUUUCCUCUGUUGGUUCAUCUGUGCUAAUCUCAUUUAUCUCCUACCAAACAGAGCAAAAGUAAAGUGUUGCGUCAUAGUUCUUUUUAAUACUGUAAGUAUAGUACUUGGCACAGAUAUGCAAAAAUACCCUCAUAAAAUACAGUUCUAAAGGCAGGUAUUAUAUUCUCACCUUUCUUCAAAAUGGGACGCAUUAAAUAAAAAAGACAGUUCUCAGGAGGACAUUAUACAACAUGGAACCUUGGCUGGAACAUGCACAAAUCCCUAGAUAAACCACCUGUGUUCCACAUAAACUACCUACUGUUUCAUUCUCUGCCCAGUGACAUGCGCCUUUGGGCCCAGCCUCAAAUCACAGCCUGAACCUAUAAGUAUAUGCCUGAACCGCACGAGCUGCCACCCUGUCUACCUACCUGCAGCGGCUGAUGGUUGUUGGCAGGGCUGCUCCUGGCCAGGACAGCCAUCUCUCUGAUCUGGUGCAGGGCGAAGGCCAGGGUGACCCAGGGCGAGGCAGACACCACCCAGGGGGGCUUGCUCAGGUCCUCCUGCUCCUCCUGGUGCUUG